GAUAUGACCUCAAGUUUCAUCAAGAUCAAUGUGAUAUCAAGUGCAGUUUAUAACCUGCUGCCAAAGCCUGCAGUGCUACUGUGUCUGUAAGUGAGCCAACAGUUUCUCUCUGCAUGUGCAAGGCCCUAGGUGUCAAGUAGAGACAGCGGUCGCCAUUUAAAAGCUUGCGUCAGGAUAUGUUUACCUGUCUAAACCUGACAAGUGGAAAGAUAAAUGUCUUAACACCACUAGUCCAUCCCAAGUUGCUUUUCUGUAAUGUUUGAUUGACAUGAAAAGUAAUCGAGACUAUGUAAAUGUACCAUCCAGGCAUAACUCUGACGAUCAAAAUACAUGUUGUUUUUUGAGUUGUGAGUCCUUUAUGACUGAAGUGCGAUGGAGAGCUGAUCUCCUGUUUAAGGAGAUUGAGCUGAGAGAUGAUGAUACAGAGUGAUGUCUUGUUUACAGUCACACACAAACAGAGCCAGAGGAUGGAAAAUAAGCAGACUUUUAUUUCAUUUUUUCAGAUUACAAGGAGAUGGCAUCUUAAAUCAGACCACCCUAUUGAAUACACCUGUCUGAAUGCUCUUCGGGAAUAAGGAGACCGUGGCAGGAUCAUCAGACUGGUUGUGGCGUCGCCCCAGUCCCAUCUCACUGAGGAACAGAGGAGUGCCCUGAGAAACGCACAGUGAUGGAGGUGCCACUGGUGAACUUUGAGAACAUGGAUGAUAUCAGCAUCAACAUGGGCGACCCCAGUGACUCGAGGUACCCCACUUCACCCACCUCAGAGGCGGUGCCUGAUCAAAACCUAGUCACCAAUCGUGUGACGUCACCAAAUUCGGCGCAGCACCGUGGUCACCAGAUCAGGCCUGACGGGUUUUCUCCCUCUACACCACCUAAACUGACUGCUAAAGGACAAUCUAGCUGCAACAGUCUGCUGUCCAACUUCAAACUCCUGAUGAACAGUGAGGGCUCACCGAUUGACAGCAUCUUCAAUCAGCUGGUUCAGGAGUGCCGUGACAAUGAAGAAGACCUGUUUGGGGAGAAGCUGGAAGUGAAGGAUGGGAAUCAGAAAUUGGUCAUCAAUAUUUCAGGCAUGAUGUUCGAGACACAACUCAAAACUUUAUCACAGUUUCCAGACACCCUGCUAGGAGACCCCGCGAAAAGGAUGUACUACUUCGACCCAAUGAAGAACGAGUACUUUUUCGACAGGAAUCGUCCAAGCUUCGAUGGGAUCUUGUACUUCUAUCAGUCAGGGGGAAAAAUUCGAAGACCUGCCAAUGUCUCCUUAGAGAUUUUCGCAAAAGAGAUUGUUUUCUACAAAUUAGGAAAAGAAGCUAUGGAACAGUUCCGUGAAAUUGAGGGGUUCAUAACAGAACCCGAGCCGCUGUUGCCCACCAAUGAGGUCCACAAGCAGUUUUGGCUCCUUUUUGAGUAUCCAGAGAGUUCCAGUGCAGCUAGAUCAGUGGCCCUGGUGUCUGUCUUUGUCAUUGUCAUCUCCAUCUUCAUUUUUUGCCUGGAAACUCUUCCAGAGUUCCGUGAUGACGUAGACUUUACCGCCACCCUUUCCCUGGGUGUCAAUGGAACCCAGGAAGGACCUGCUUCCGUCCAAAACAACUUAUUUGCCUAUUUCACAGACCCCUUUUUCAUUGUGGAAACCAUCUGCAUAAUUUGGUUCUGCUUUGAGCUUGGCGUACGCUUUGUGGUCUGCCCGAGCAAAAGUGACUUCUUCCAUAACAUUAUGAACACCAUUGACAUUGUCUCGAUAAUCCCCUAUUUUGUAACCAUGGUGACAGAGCUGUGGACCACGCCAGAUGAAGACAUCAACUCCAGCCAGAACAUGUCACUGGCCAUCUUACGCAUCAUCCGUCUAGUGCGAGUCUUCCGAAUCUUCAAGCUCUCGCGACACUCCAAGGGGCUUCAGAUCCUGGGCCAGACCCUGAAAGCUAGUAUGAGGGAGCUCGGUCUGCUGAUCUUCUUCCUCUUUAUUGGAGUCAUACUCUUCUCCAGUGCCAUCUACUUUGCUGAGGUGGACGAGCCCCACACACAGUUUGUCAGUAUCCCUGACGGGUUCUGGUGGGCUGUGGUGACAAUGACCACUGUGGGAUACGGGGACAUGUGUCCUACUACUCUGGGAGGUAAAAUGGUGGGGACUCUCUGCGCCAUUGCCGGCGUGUUGACCAUCGCCUUACCCGUCCCUGUUAUCGUCUCCAACUUUAACUAUUUCUACCACCGGGAGACAGAGCAAGCAGAGAAACAAGUGAUUGACGAUGCGACAGAGACUGCUCAGAAAUUAUCUGACGCAAACAGAUAUGAGUAUGGUGGUACAACCUCUCCUAACAUGAGCAAAAUCAAUGGUAGCGCGCAGGAUGACAAGGAUGACAUGUAAUGUGUUUAUCAUUGAAGUUAUUAUAACCAAUGGCAUGACAAUGUAAGAAAUCAAACAUAUCUGAAUACUGAAAUGCACUGAUAUCAUUUUUGUUUCUGUAUUGUACAUUCUAUUCAUAGCAGCGUUUGAGCACAUAGUAUAGUAUUCAUCUCUCACAAUAUUCAAAAUAAGAAGCUAAUAUUAGUUAUCAGCCUGACUGAUCUGCAUGUGGAUGUGUCAAAAUGCAAUUAAGAUUAUAUAUAAACAGUUACAGCAUUAAACAUUUACAGUUUGAACUGGACAGAUCUUGAGUAUAUGUGGCAUUAUCAGCUUACAAAUCCCGCAGUUGUAUUUGGUAUGAAGUGAUGAUACAUUAGCAUCAGGCAAUUGUGUUCAUUAAAUUGUUUUCAUGAAAAAUAUAAAUUACACUGUGAACGGCAUUUCAUUUUCAAAGACAUGAGUAAGAAAAACACCCUUGGAUCAAGGGCUCAUGUUACACCACAUGUUCAUGGUAUACUUUCAUGGUAUACUUUCAUGGUAUACUUUCAUGGUAUACUUUCAUGGUAUACUUUCAUGGUAUACUUUCAUGGUAUACUUUCAUGGUAUACUUACAUGGUAUACUUUCAUGGUAUACUUUCAUGGUAUACUUUCAUGGUAUACUUUCAUGGUAUACUUUCAUGGUAUACUUUCAUGGUAUACUUUCAUGGUAUACUUUCAUGGUAUACUUACAUGGUAUACUUUCAUGGUAUACUUUCAUGGUAUACACCAGUAAGUGCAAAACAUGCUGUCGGCAACUCUAGUUUUUGACACUAUUACGCUCCAGUAGAUUUAUCACACUAGCAAUCUAAUAACGCAGUAGUUUUAUCACACAAUCUAUGUAGACACUAACUAGACCCUUUAGGGCAGCACUUUAUAAUAACACCUCUUAACUAAGCAUUUAUAAUGGAUUAGUCAAUAGUUUAUUCAUGUAUUAUUUCAAAUGUUAGUAAGCUAGUUAUUAGCAGUGUCAUAAACAACUAUUAAAGUAUUUUUUUUAGAAUGAUUCAUUAGAUCAUUAAUAAUAUGUUUAAUAUAGGUACUAAUCAUUAGUUAAGUCUUUUUGCGUGGCCUAAUGUAAAUGUGAGUGCUAAAAUGUUAGACAAUAUUAAAGUGAGUACUGCUGGAUUGGUAGCUCCUUAAAAGGGUCAAUCAGCAGUUGGUAGAUCCAUUUUCGGACUUAUAAAUGAAUGAUAUGUACCCAUUGAUUCUUGAAGAAUAUCAUUUAUAAAUUCCUCAUGAGCUUACAGUAAUUCAACGGUCGUACCCCCAUCACACCCAAAAUAUAAGCUUGUUUAACUCCAGUGUUUGUAAACAAAGUAAAUGUAAACAAAUGAAAUAGCCUCAAAACAUGUUUAAAACUAUAAAACUGUUUUAUUAAAACAGUCCUUGCAUCCAUAGCUCUGUCUGUGAAUUUGAGAGUGGUUACAAUUCUCCAGCCCCAUCUCUCAGCUUUUUACCGAAACAGGUGGGGGACUACGCUUUGCUAUUGUUUCAAUUGCUGAUUGCCACUUUAACGUCUCAAAAUAGCCGAAAAUGUAUCAAUGGUAAAAUAAUAAGCACACAACACAGGAUGUUUAAGGAAUGAUAUUGAACAUUUUAUUCACAAAAACUGUUGUAGAACAACUAUUGCAAGGACGUGAAGAAGAGUUGUAAUGCAAAUGAUUUGCUAAUGUUGUCAACCUCGCAAACGCAAAUUAAUCCUAAAACAGAGAGAUGUAGCCUACACACAACAGCUGGCUGUACCAGACAGUUUAUCUCUGAUGGAUUUUUAUUCCUUCAUUACUACUGAUAUGUGAUUGAGGUAGAAAUGUUACAUGUAUGAUUUGCAGGAAGACAUGUUAAAUGUAUAACCUUUAAUGUAAUUGUCUGCAUCAUUUCCAAUCCCCCAUAGAUAUGUUUUUAUAAAUAUAUACUGUCUAUUAUUUUAAAUAUAUACAUGUAUAAAAAAAAUAUAUACGUAUAAUUUCCCUUAUUAUUUUCCCCUAACACCCCUCACCUAAUUGGAGUAAACUAAAGGAGAACAAAAAUUAGGCUUCUGCUUCCAGUUUAUACAUACUACACACAUUUACGGACACAGUAUAUUUUACAUUCGUUAUCCUUUGUUUGUUUUAGUCCCGUUCUUCAGCUACCCUCAUCCCCUCCCAUCUAUCUUUAAAGACCACACAGUUUUGAUUUCUAUUUGCCAUAUAUUUCUCAACUGUGCUGUGAUGGUUCACAAAAGUUCUGAACCUAUUUUACGGACACAGUAUAUUUUACAUUAGUUAUCCUUUACUUAACACCCAUCCCGGAUCCGGGAGCAUCCUCAUCAGUAAAAGCUGACUAGCAUAGCCUAGCAUAGCGCCACAAGUAAAUAAUAGCAUAUAAAUAUCAUGAAAUCACAAGUCCAAUACAGCAAAUGAAAGAUAAACAUCUUGUGAAUCCAGCCAUCAUUUCCGAUUUUUAAAAUGUUUUACAGCGAAAACACAAUAUGUAUUUCUAUUAGCUAACCACAAUAGCCAAAGACUCAACCGCAUAUUUUCACCAUGUUUCUACCGCAUAGGUAGCUAUCACAAAACCGACCAAAUAUAGAUAUAAUUAGUCACUAACCAAGAAACAACUUCAUCAGAUGACAGUCUUAUAACAUGUUAUACAAUAAAUGUAUGUUUUGUUCGAAAAUGUGCAUAUUUGAGGUAUAAAUCAUAGUUUUACAUUGCAGCUACCAUCAAAAAUAUCACCAAAGCAGCCAGAAUAAUUACAGAGAGCAACGUGAAAUAAAUAAAUACUCAUCAUAAAACAUUUAUGAAAAAUACAUGGUGUACAGCAAAUGAAAGAUAAACAUCUUGUGAAUCCAGCCAAUAUUUACGAUUUUUUAAGUGUUUUACAGCGAAAACACAAUAUAGCAUUAUAUUAGCUUACCACAAUAGCCAAACACACAACCGCAUUUAUUCACCGCAUAGAUAGCAUUCGCAAAAACCAGCAAAAGAUAUAAAAUUAAUCACUAACCUUGACCAACUUCAUCAGAUGACAGUCUUAUAACAUCAGGUUAUACAAUAUACUUAUGUUUUGUUCGAAAAUGUGCAUAUUUAGAGCUGCAAACCGUGGUUAUACAUUGUGAAUAUGUAGCAUCGAUUCACCAGAAUGUCCGGAGCUAUUUUGGACACUCACCUAAUCUGACCAAAGAACUCAUCAUAAACUUUACAUAAAAAUACUUGUUGUAUGGCAAAUGAAAGAUACACUGGUUCUUAAUGCAACCGUCGUGUUAGAUUUUUUAAAAUAACUUUACCAUAACAAACAGCUUGCGUUAUUGCCAGACAGCGCCCGCCAAAACGGCAGAGAAUAGGAAUAACAUUUUCCACAGAAAUACGAAAUAACAUCAUAAAUUGUUCUUACUUUUAUUGAGCUUCCAUCAGAAUCUUGUACAAGGAGUCCUAGGUCGAGGAUAAAUCGUUGUUUGGUUUAAGAAUGUCCUUUUCUCCUGUCGAAUUCGUGCCACAAUGCUAGCCAAUGUUGAUGACGUUCCCAGUUUCUCUCGAUGCAAAGGACGGAAAACUCCAAAAGUCCCAAUAAACGUUGAAUGAACUGAUGAAACUCGGUUGAAAAAACCUACUUUAUGAUGUUUUUCUAAUAUGUAUCAAAUAAAAACAGAGCCGGAGAUGUUAGCCGUGUAUACCGAACGCUUAUCAUAAGACAAUAUGGAGGUGCUUCCCGCACCUAGGUAGAGAAAGGAAAUUCUGGACACGUCAUUCCAAGAGCUCUUGUUCGACCUCAGAUCAAGCUAGACACCCCAUUCCACCUUCCACUGCCUGUUGACAUCUAGUGGAAGGCGUAUGAAGUGCAUGCAUAUCGAUAAAUAUUAGGCAAUUGAAUAGGCAGGCCCUGAAACAGAGCUUCGUUUUCAGAUUUUUCCCUUCCUAUCUGGAAGUUUGCUGCAAAAUGAGUUCUGUUUUACUCACAGAUAUAGUUCAAACAGUUUUAGAAACUUGAGAGUCUUUUCUAUCCAAUAGUAAUAAUAAUAUGCAUAUUGUACGAUCUAGAAUAGAGUACGAGGCAGUUCAAUUUGGGCACGAUUUUUUCCAAAGUGAAAACUAUUGACAAGGAGAUUUAUCUUUGGUUUUUUUAGGUUUUUUUUUGUCCCACCCUUCAGCACACUUUGGUUUUGGCUUAAAAGUCACUGCCAAGAAACGCUAAUGUUAGAAUUUUUUGGACAAAAAACAUUACGUUAUUCAACAUUGAGCGUGUCUGAAGUUACACAUUACACCGUUACAAUAGUGUGACUGUUUCGGGUUCAAAUGUUCAGUAUAAAUCUUAAACAUCCUCUCUAUUAUGUGCUUAUUGUUUAACCAUCGAUAUGUUCUAGGUGCCACUUGAGACCUUAAGGAACAUCAGGCACUGCUGGGAUGUCUACCAAUGGCAUAUCCAUAUUUUUUAUGAGAAAUAACACUGGUCACUCAUGUGUGAAUGGCUAGCUUACUAUCAUUUACAAAGGUGGGAGUAAUGUACAGUACCAGUCAAAAGUUUGGACACACCUACUUAAUUCAAGGGUUUUUCUUUUUUUUCUUCUAAUUUCUACAUUGUAGAAAAAUAUCAUGUCGUAACCAAAAAAGUGUUAAACAAUAUAUUUUAGAAUCUUCAAAGUAGCCACCCUUUGCCUUGAUGACAACUUUGCACACUCUUGGCAUUCUCUCAACCAGCUUCAUGGGGAAAGCAUUUCCAACAGUCUUGAAGGAGUUCCCACAUAUGCUGAGCACUUUUCUUUCACUCUGCAGUCAAACUCAUCCCAAACCAUCUCAAUCGGGUUGAGGUUGGGUGAUUGUUGAGGCCAGGUCAUCUGAUGCAGCACUCCAUCACUCUCCAUGGUCAAAUAGCCCUUACACAGCAUGGAGGUGUGUGUUGGGUCAUUGUCCUGUUGAAAAACAAAUGAUAGUCCCACUAAGCACAAACCAGAUGGGAUGGUGUAAAGCUGCAGAAUGCUGUGGUAGCCAUGCUGGUUAAGUGUGCCUUGAAUUCUAAAUAAAUCACUGACAGUGUCACCAGCAAAGCACCCCCACACCAUCACACCUCCUCCGUGCUUCACGUUGGGAACCACACAUGCAGAGAUCAUUCGUUCACCUACUCUGCGUCUCACAAAGACACUGCGGUUGGAACCAAAAAUCUCAAAUUUCGACCCAUCAGACCAAAGGACAGAUUUCCACCGGUCUAAUGUUCAUUGCUCGUGUUUCUUGCCCCAAGCAAGUCUUUUUUUCUUAUUGGUGUCCUUUAGUAAUGAUUUCUUUGCAGCAAUUCGACCAUGAAGGCGUGAUUCACGUAGUCUCCUCUGAACAGUUGAUGUUGAGACGUGUCUGUUACUUGAACUCUGUGAAGCAUUUAUUUGGGCUGCAAUCUGAGGUGCAAUCUGAGGUGCAGGAAUGGAACCUAAGUAAUGGCAUCAAGUCAAAAUGUCAAGAUAUGUUGGCCUUCAUGCAUCUUCAUUUUUACAUCGCUCUGUAUUUCAGGAAAACAAUCCCACCCUGUUACUUGUACGCACAAAGAAGUAACAGUAGUUUCCUUUUAUUAAGCUCGCAUAAUUUAUAACAUCAUAGGGAAAUAUGUUGACUCUCAUGAAGACGCUAAUUAAUAGAAAACUAUCAAAAGAGGAGAGAACAAAGACUCAUGCCUCUUUGCACUCCAGUUGAUUGAGGCGUUAUUGUAGUAGUAAUUGCUGUCAUCGGCCUUGUAGGGCCCAGUGUGCCGAAACAACGAAACACUGGAAUCGUGUAUUGAACACAUGUAAGUGUGAUAGUCCUAGUGACUUUCUCCGACAUUUCACUCAUACUGCAUUUACCUUCAUUCCCUACCAUGUAUUUGAGAUGGAUUUAGAAUACCUCAAUUGGCUUUAGGAAUGGGAAUUGUUUUUUUUGUGUGAAUGAUAUCAAUUAAUUCAGAAAUGAACCAUUGCUUUUACAAACGUUGGAUAUUGCUUAGUCCUGUGAUAUGCAUGGCACCAAAUCAUGGCAACCCAUAUGAAUGCUACACUAAACGUUCAUUUUAUUGUCAGUUACACGAACAUUGACAUUGCAGAAAUGGCGCUGGAUAUAUUGAGUUGCUCGGUUCAACAGGGCAGUGGACUAUUUUUUGGGGUGAGAUAUGAUUACGUAUUCCAGCAUGGGAUUGGUGUAUGAACCAUAGUACUGAGUGCGUUCACAAAGGACAUACGAAUCUGCAAUGACAAUAGACAGAGAGAAGAAAACAUAUCAGGGCCUGUACAGUAUAGUUUUUCAUUUUGAUUAUCAAAACAGCAAUACUUGCCAUCCUGAAAAAAAGUUGUAAUAAGAUGGAUGACUAUGAUAUCAGUCAGUUAGUUACUUAAGCACUUUACAAAAGUAUAUAAAGACUGAUUAUGUAUUAAUAGUGUACAAUAUACAGUAUGUGUAAUUACAUAUAUGUGCUGUGCAUUAUUUAUGAAAUUGAGUGCCUUUAA